AUGGACCCCGGGAGUUCUCACUUGGAAUGGAGGUUGCUCAGCUGGAUCCUUGGAUUUGAAUUGGGCCUCCAGCUGUCUUGGGGAGUGGCACACCCAACUUUCCGAAGACAGUUUAGGAAACUAAUUAAAGAACAUAACCCCAGUAUCAUAGCGCUCUUCGAAACUCAUACAAGUGGAGCUAAUUCAGACAAGAUUAUCAAAUCAUUCGGGUUCGACAACUCCUUCAGAGUAGAAGCGCAAGGCUUCAGCAGAGGUAUCUGGAUUCUUUGGAACACAUCUGUUGAAGUCAAGAUUACAAAGGUGGCACCUUUGUUCAGCUUUCUUCACAUAGCUAUCAGGAAACAUCUAUGGGAUAUGCUUUCCAACCUUAAACCAUCAAACUACGAACCAUGGAUACUCGGAGGAGACUUCAAUUGCAUCCUAAGAAACGAAGAUAGACUCGGGGGAAACCUAAACAAUAAGGGAUGCAGUAAAGUCUUUAACGACAUUGUUUUCAAAAACGCUUUGAAGGAAGUUGAUUAUCAAGGUCAACAGUUCACAUGGCGUCGUGGAAAUCUUUGGCAACGAUUGGAUCGUUGCUUGAUGAAUUUAAGAUUGGAAAACUUACAUCCGAACUCUGAAGUAAUUAACUUAGAGCAUAUCGGAUCUGACCACAGUCCCCUACUCUUACGGACACUUGCGCAACCGACGACGAAAAAGAACAAGUAA